AAUGCAAUUCAGUACACAGAUAGCUUUGAAGAACAUAACCAUUUGCCAAAAUCCCUAAUACGUGGCCAAAUCUUGGCUUGUGUUUUUCUAUUUUCCAAUUCCUAUUUUAUUUGAAAUACAAUUCUUGGCUCAGGUUUUUCAAUUUUACCCCAUUUCUUAAUAUUCAAUAUAUCUGCUCUGAGCAAAUAUGGUCACAUCCCCACCCCCUACCCUCCCAAAGCCCCUGAUUCCUCAUAGGGUCCCCCAAGAUUGUUGACUUGAGUUGGGGACUCUCAGGCUCAGGCUCAAGCUCAGGCUCUGAGAUAACUACCUCUUUUUCUUCAGAACCACAGAGGAUAUCUCAAAAUGUCAAAGGCAGGUGGUAAGAUGAAGGCUCUCAAGAAGGUGGUGGAGAAGGUGAACCACGGCAAUCUCAUCCGCACAAACAUCCCCGCAGGAAUGGCCGUUGCUGGGCCUCCCCUCGGGCCCAUGCUGGGACAGCGAGGGCUGAACAUUGCAGCUUUCUGUAAAGACUUCAAUGCUCGCACUGCAAACUAUAAGAAUGGCGUUCCUCUCCCAUGUAGAAUCCAAGUGCGCUCAGACAGAUCCUAUGAAUUAACCAUACACAAUCCUCCAGCAACGUUUUUCUUGAAGCAAGCAGCAGGAAUUCAGAGAGGAGCCAUGUCACCUGGGCGGGAGAUUUCAGGAAAAGUCUCCCUAAAGCACAUUUAUGAAAUAGCCAAGAUCAAGCAGCAAGACCCACCACUGCAGCUCACCCCACUCAAACAGAUAUGUGAGCUCACCAUUGGUGUUGCACAUUCCAUUGGACUCGAGGUUGUCCGAGAAAUAGACUCACAAGAAUACGGAGACUUUUUGAAAAACCGCACUUCGGUUGUGGAAGAACAGUUAAAAGAACUACAGGAGAAGAAAGAAGCCAAGAUGCUAAGAAAGUAACGUCUAGGCAUCAUCUCCUGAGUUUGGGCUUUGUCCUUUAAGUUCGUGUACAUAAACUUUUAUAAUGCGAUGGAUGCGCUUAGAUUUUCAUCUCGUAAAAUGUAAAUAAUGUAUUUACUUAGAAGUAUUUUCUAUUAUUUGGGGUUUCCUGCUCUUACAGUGUUCAAUAUGUGUUUUUCUCAUUGGUAAAAUGUUGUUACAGAGGCUUUCUUUUUCAUUUUAUCAUCUGAUAUUAAUUUAUUGGUUUGAUUAGAUUUUUUUCUUAUUAUUAUUAUUUUCCAAACUAUACAAUAGUUUCAUUAUUCUCUUCCAAAAUAUAUGUGACUCCCCUUGAUAG